AUGGAAUUUCAGAGUUCUGCCCAGCUCAUCGUGUAUGGUAUCCUGGUAUUUCUGGGGAUUUUGGGCAAUAUACUGGUGUUGGUGACAAUAAUAGCUACAUCCACGGAAUACCACAGCCUUGCUGCUUCGGACAUCAUUCUAGCCAACCUCGCCGCUGUCAAUCUACUCAUCUCAACUUUUCGAAACAUCCUGCUCUUUAUUACGGAGUCGGGAGUAAAAAUGUCCCUGAACCUCAGCUGGUGCAAAGUGUUCAUGUUCCUUUGGCUGUGGCUGAAGUGUGUUAGCGUUUGGGUCACUUUCUGUCUCAGUUGCUUCCACUUUCUGAAGAUAAAACAACACUUCCAUCUGAGCACAAAGAUGAAGGAGAUCAUCUAUGUGCUGGUGAUCUUAAGCGGGGUGUGGUUUGUCAAUUUUAUCUACUCCAUCCCCGCUUUUGUUUUCACCGAGAAGGUCGGCGUGAACCACACCAAGAAGCUGAUGUUGGUAAGCACCACUGAGGAACCUUUCCUCUCCUGUUCCUGGAAGUUUCCGUCUCAGCAACACGGCAUCGUAUUUGCAGCAGUCUCUCUCAUCCUGCAUGAGUUCCUGCCCAUUGUCCUGAUGAUUUGCACCAACCUCAGCACCGUGUAUUAUCUCAACGAGCACAUCAGGGCGAUUGCAGACGAUCACCUACACAGCGUGCAGGUGGAGCGGACAGCAACAAAGUUGAUCAUGGCUUUGGUCUCGCUCUUUGUCCUGUGUUCGGGCACACACUUGGUGGCAGUGUAUUACUACAACCACAACGGCGGCCCUGCCACAGACUUCUUGUUGACUUUGGCAAACUACUGUGCCGCAGUCUUUAUAGGUUUCAGCCCCUUGAUGAUGGCUGCAGGUCACAGUAAACUUCGGAAUAAAGUCUGCAGCGUGUUACACAUUAACAUCUCGUCGAGUUAAAUUCUUAACAGUUUUCCUUUUAAAGAAAAAAAUACCAGAGUUUAACAAGCUGUGCCGAGCUUUAAGUGCCCGAGGGAUUACAGCAAUGAAUUCAGUUAAAGAGACCCUGACUAUGAGUGCUGCCUGUACAGAGUUUGCACGUUCUCCCUGUGACCACGUGGUUUCCUCCGGGUGCUUUGGUUUCCUCCCACAUUCCAAAGACGAGCGGGUUUGCAGGUUAAUUGGCUUCUGUAAAUUGUCCCCAGUGGGUAGAAUAGAACUAGUGUACAGGUGAUCAUUGGUCGUUGUGGGGCUGAAGGGCCUGUUUCCGCGCUGUAUUUCUAAAACCCUUGUCUAGAGUAUGUAAAAACAUGCAUGAACCAUAAUUUCUUAAGGGAGGGCUCUUUGACUUCACUCUUCCCAAGAUCCUGUACACAAUGGAUUCAACAGAUAUUGAUAGUGGGAAGAUCUACAUAAAACACUCCUCCUGACCAAUGAUUAGAUCCACCCUUUAACACCCACUUUUCAGAGAUCAAGGAGGCAUGCAAAGCGCCUUUUUUUUUUAAAUGGGCACUGCCAGCUUACCAAAAUAUGAAAGAAACGUGUUUCUUCACGUAUUAAGUGGACCAGUAGCUCUACGCUUGUGAAUAAACAGUGUAUUUGAAUAUGUGCUUUUUACAAGGUGGUAUUUCAUCUUAGUGCAGUCCUACAGAACACUCAAUGGAUGAUGAGAUGAUGAGGUGGAUAGCUCCACCUUGUGUUGUAGUGAGUCCUAGCUGCUGUGUGCUCCUGUGUUUUCCC